AUUGAAAUCGAGGCUGGACCAAAUCGCAUGAACGUGAUUUAGAACUUGUAGCAGCCAGUUAAUCAUGUUACGUGUUUGAGGCCGAAAUGGUGCGUGUUUGCCCAAGUUGAAGCGAAAGAAUGGACAUUUAAACUAUUAUUGAUGAUGUGUUUAAAUGGAUUGAUAGUUUUUUCAUGUAACGAAUAGACUUGGAGGAGUUCAAAUACGUUUUUACGAGCCCCCAACUCCAGAUAUCAGGAGCAGAAUGGCAGAGCUGCACCAAGAUCAUGCUGGAAGGGUGUUCCUUUUGAUGGGAAAGGAAUAUAGGAUAUCAAGAAGUAUAAGAGCUCAAUGGUUUUUCCAGCACAUAAACUCUGCUGUUCACCCAAAGGGCAACCAGGACUUAAUUUCUUCACAUGAAGAACUGGAGGUGCUAUCUGUUUUGCCAGAAGUCUCAAAUAUCCAUAAUGUACAUUCAUUCAGGCUCGCUCCAUCAACAAGAAUAACUUUUAUCGGAAGGCAGUAUAGAUUUGUGUUCUGUAUAGAUAUAAGCUCUUCACAGUGGAGUGUGAAUGUGGAGAAUGGAAAGAUAAUGCUAGAAGAAGUAUUUGAGAACUUCAUGAACUGCAUUCUUGGAUUAAUUGAACCAUUUUCUGUCCCAGGCAGCAGUUUGGUACUUGAACCAGAAUUGGUCAUUACUGUACUGGCAUACACACCUUUGGCACACAGAACCUGUCAGGUUCUUGUUCAAGGACUGUCUGUAUCACGAACCAAUAUCUAUAGCUUGCUAUAUGAAUUGAAAUGUAAAUUGCAGUCUUUGGAAGACAUAUUAGCAAAGGAACUGUCAAGGAAAUACGACCAGGAGCUGCCUGUUGAAGCAGAUGCAAUUGAUGAUGAAGUUGGGCACGAUACAGAUUCAAGUCUUUUCAACAUGGUCAGAGAUGCCUUACUGGCACUGCAGCUGCUUCCUGAUAACGCAAGUGCAGGUUUAGUCAUCGUCACUGAUGGAGUCUUUAAUCUCAGCGAUGCAUCUGCUGUCGACGCUGUGUUGGCGCAAAUGAGGGCCAGCACCGUUGUAUGUUCUUUUCUGCAAGUUGGCGGUGGAUCGAAAUACGGAUAUGGCUUUAUUCCACACACGUCUCUUAUGCAGUUCAUAGCCACCGCCACCUCCGGCGCCUACAUGUGCGCAUGCCCAAGAGUGAAUUCUGCAGACCCAAAACAACACCCAACCUCAAGCGAAGUACAAGAAGCACAGCCAAUGAACGUAUACCAUGAAGCCCUUCUUUGCUGGAAUUUUCAUACUGAUAUCGACCGUGGCAAAAUCGCAUAUGAUGAUGUAGCCAACAAACUUUGGAUGAGGAAAAUGCCUUUUACUAAAGAUAAAAUCGACUCGAUAUCUCAGCCGAUGCAGAAGAUCAAGCACUCUGAAUGCAAGCAUUCAACUAGGAUAUCCAGUGUUUUGAGCGUUCGCCUUAGAGAAGGGUAUUCGAUCGAAAGUGUCGCCAUUUCUAGAGAUGGCACUCAGCUCGAAGUGAAGCUUACCUUGCCAUGGAAAGAGCACGUCCUCUUAGAAUACAUAGCCAAAGCGGCUUGGCCUAUUGAUCAGUCGAAUCGUUCGACGCAUGUUGACGUAUUUAUCAAAGGCUCGUAUGAUUUCCUUGUGGACAUCACAUCAAAGCAAAAGUUCACCAGUUCUUAUAGGAAAACCGUUGUCUACAAGUUUGAACAAACAAUGAAAAGCCUGCAAGCUACUGACGAACUGCUUGUGAGACUUCAGUCAUUUUCGAUAAACCCUGCCUAUACGACCAUUCCCGACAGUGCCAAAGACGGUGUUCCAUUGUUUCACUUACCGCAGAGUUCCAGGACGCCUGUGCUGUCUUUACAACAAGGCAAGUCAAAGAAGUCUGCAAAGUCGCAGGAGGCACUUUUCGCAGAAUACUGGAAGCCAAUUCUGCAUCUUGAUACCAAGACGUGGCAGAAGUGGUUUCAUUGUCACAGAGUCAGUAUACUUCUUGAAAAUGAUAGGCCAAUAUCGAAGAACUUGUUCAUACCGUCAGUGAGCGAGCGAUACCAUACAGUUCAUUGCAGAACGGCGAUGAAUGCAUUGAACAGAUUUCUGAGGGACUGGAGCUCGUUUGUUCUUCUGGAAAACCAUUCCUACAUCAGGUUUCUUGGAAGCAAGAGUCAGAAAACACCGUACUCGUUCUGUCUUCUUCGGUUGGUUUUCAAAGGUCUUUGCGUGGUAAUAAGAUUGGCGUUUCUCGGUGGCACAGCUGGAACUGAAAGACACAAGAUUGUUUCAGAACUAAAAGAAAGUCUUGAUGCAAUCAAAGCUCCAUUGAAAAAGCCACUUUUUUCGCCAGAGCGAAAACUUUCCCUGGAAUCUCCUUCCAAAUCAAUUGUGCUUACCACCAAAGAGAAGAGAUGUGUGAUUUUUCUUGAGAAGCCUUUAGAAAGGAUACUUGUAAAAUAUGAAAUUAUACCGGAUGACCUGCGGUCUGCUGAGUACAAGGGCCGAGGCCAUGCCAGCGUUUUGGAUGUUACUGAAUCAAGCAGCAGGUUAACACCAGUCAUUGUUCCUGGUGGAAUAGGCCCAGAAAGAAGCAAUCCAAUUCUUGGUGCCUUAUCGCGCUAUACUUAUAACCAAAGAUGGGUUUGGAAGAUGUCAUGCCAGACGAAAGCACUUCCUAUUGGUGCUGUGGCUGCCAUUCUCUAUGCGCUUACAAAGCGACGUCUCCUCGAAGGCUUUCAUUUCUGCAGCAGCAAUCAAAAUGGUAUCAUAACAAUGGUAAAGGAAGUCCCGAUGGAGCUUCCAGCAGUGUCUCCAACCGCCGAUAAAAACGUUUGUGUUCUGCAGUUCGUUCUGUUUCCUCCGCACCGUUGUAUACAGCUCAAAGAAGGGUUUCAAAACGAGUCUGUUGAAAGUGAUGCCUUUAGAGAUGGAAAGGGUGACCUUCAAAUUGCCACCGAGAUAUGGGUAGAACCCCAUUGCGGUGUCGUAGGUAGCGCGGGGCGAGCCUUACAAUACAUUGAUGGAAUGAAGUACAACGAAAUACCAGAACAGAUUUUUUGCCAAGAUCAUCAAACAGUAAAAGAGAUGGUGACAUAUUCGCAUUUGGAGAGCAUGUGCAUUGACAGCCUACUGACAACCAUCCCACCUCCUCCUGAUGCAGAGGUCAAGCCACCUUCGGAAUGGUUUGCUAACUCCACCGUAGUUGACGUGCCCUUCUUGUUUGACAUUGUUCCUCUUUUGGCAAAGUCGAAGCAAGUGUGCUUGCUGUUGCCAUUGCUCAAAAGUGCCGAAAAUGAGAUGGAGUUUUGCGAACAACGUCCAAACGAUACGCUUCUCUCGUUAUUCUUCAGUUCCUUGCUGGAAUCAGUUGACUGUGAGGUACCAUUUACCGAUGCUAAUUGCGCAGCUUUCUCUUCCUUUGUUGCAAAGAGGUGUAUCGAAAAGCAGAGCGUUGGCUACCGGAAAUCACUACAACUAAAUAUUGAGUUCUCAAGCAAGCCUCUUUGGAGGUGCUACGCAGGAGCCUCACGAAGAUCAAUUAUCAUGCUUGUAGUUCCAGCUACUUUGAGCGAUGUUGAAAAGAUAAACCUAAAAGGGAUUUUGGAACCAAUGCUUAGGACCGACAAGGUGGAAGUAAAAGGAAGAGAAGACCAAUUUACAGCUAAUGUAGCAUCAGGCGGUAAAGAGGAGGAAAAAACAGGAAUGAACGAUAAUGACAGACCUGGUGAAGAAGACAGCGUCCGGGAACUGAGGGAAUCUAUGGACGAUGAAGAUGCAAGUGACCCAUGGUUGAGUAAAGCUAGGCCAUAUUUUCCGGUGUUUCUUUACGAAUGUAGAUUUGCUACAAUUUCAGAUGUGAGAUCGAAGCCUGGCGAGGAAGAUAAUAUUUUUGUCGACUAUCGAUCAAAGCUGUCUGAUUCUUCCCAUGAAGAGAAAGACUACCGCCAUUACUCUGGGGACAUUGUUGAUGUUUUGAUUAAAUCGGCGGAAUUAACUGCAUUUUGUAGGUCGCUUUCUGACAGAUACUUCCAAACAUUUGUCAACGGAGUUUUCAAGAAUCUGCAACUUGGUUUUGCUAUUAAUAACAAGGACGUCGAGUCGUCAGUUGAGCUGAUUUGUGAAGAAUCUUGCAUUGAAGUUGAUAUAACCAGUUUCAUACGGAUAAUAUGCAAGCAUUUUAGAAACCAGCAGAUAGAAGAAGAAGUAUUCGAUUGUUUGUCUGAAGGCAAUGUUGUCAUAAGGCGUGGUGGCAAACUCAGUUCAGGGAGCACUAGUAAGACGACGCCCCGUACGCCAGUAAUGACAACACCCAAAUGUGGAAGUGAAAAUGUCCAUAAGUUUGUCCAGGAGUCUUUCUUGGAAAUCCUCCGUACUAAAUUUAGCAAUGUGCCUCAAAAUGCGGAACUGUUUUACUACAAUGCAAGUGAUGAUCAGUCGAAUGGCGGAGACUCGGACAGUGUAUCGGACGCUGAGAGCGAAAUUCAAGAAGGUGAAAUGCAAGAGACGGAGUUGCAAGCGAGCAGUGACGUUUAUGGCUCGUCCGAACAACUGCCCUCCUCUACAAAGGAAGAAGAUGCGAAAAUCAACACAGACAGAGAAGAUAAUAUUUCGCAGCUUAGCAGAGUGAGCUUGAAAGGCAGCACCAGCACACUUUCCGCAUUCGAAUCAGCAGACGCUUUUUCUGAGCCUGGAAGUGCCACGGAUCGUGCGUCCGAAGAUGAUCCUAGCACCCACCCAUUGUUUCUCCAUCUGAUGUGCUCCUUGCGGGACAGAAAUCUAGCCGGAAGCGAAAUGGGUCUUUUGCCUGUUAACACGUUGCCUACUUGUCUUUCUGAAAUCAUCAGAAUGCUAGAAGAGGGAGGAAACCACAUAGAUCCUUUCAGCUCGACCUUAAAAGUGACGCUUGAUCUUAUAUGUCUGACCCUUCCACCUGAAAGUGAAUCUGGUAAAUGCUGGAAGGUGAUAGACGAGACUGCAUCCACGCGUGCCGAAUCCGAGGCUGAUGACGAGUUCCUUGUCGAUGAGCAUGGCAGCAUUGCAGAAGACGAAAUGAAGCAAGGCGUGUUUGAACUCGGCGAUGAGAAGGGAGUCUUGACUUCAGCAGUAAGAGAAAAAGCAAGUACUUUGAUUGAUCACACAUUGAUGGAUCCUUUAAAGACGUUGCCCAAAGCCCAGUUGAACGCUUUCAAAAUAAUCGUGAAGAAAAUCGAGUGGCUUUUGAAGGAUGAGAUAGCGUCUGCUUUAAUUAACACAUCGCCUGUGAUCGAAGCCACUUUGGACAACGUGGCGGACCACGUGAAGAAUUCGAGUACUGACAACUGCCAGUUCCGCCGCAUUUCAUUGAGAUUCGUAUGUGGUUUAGACAAAAGUCUUCAGUUGUUCAUGAGUGAAUUGAGCAGGGCAAAAAUAAAUAACUAUCGUUUUUUGAAUAAAGGAAAGUAUUUCUAUCUUGCUGCGGAUAACCUGAGUGAAAAACAAGUUAGAAAGGCUGACCCUAACGAAAGAACUGAUCUUGAUUUAAAAGAACUGCAGACGUCUAAGUGUAUUUCGCCACAAUUAUGUCUGAGCAGUGAAGAAAAUAGUCAAUAUGACGUGAAUGACGUCACGAGGACCCUUGAUUCCAACGAAGCAGAGAACGGGUUUGAAGAAAAGAGCGAAUCUCUUGACCAUGUGGCAAAUCACGGGGAAGAUUGCACGAAUGAAGAUAUUGAAUUGCUUGCUGAUACAGAAACUGUUUCUAAAUGCGGUCAGCUUAUUAGUGUAAGCUUUAGAGGCAAAAAGGACGAACUUGCUCUUUGCAAAGAAAUUGUUUUGGAAAUUGUAGAUUCUGUGGUAAAAGGUCUUGAUCGGGAGACGAAGACAAUUGAAGACACGCUAAGAUCGCGCAGUGGAAGUUUGCCACUUCCCGGUAGAGAAAAUACGGAAAUUAUAAGAAGGAGAUAUAGUGAUACCAAAAUAUCCUACGAGAAGGACAACGAACUAACCCUAAAUUUGCAAGAUACCUCCACAGACCUUUCUGCUUUUCAUAAAGAUUAUUCUUUCCAGAAAACUGGUCCGGAUUUUUGGCUGUUUGCGAGUGUUCAUGGAAGUGAGGUUAUUGUUUAUCACCAUAAAAGGCGGGAAGCUGUUGACUCAGGUGAUGUUCAAAGUGAAAAAUGCUAUAUCGAUCUCCUUGGAAUGAUUGACCAAAUUGGUCGACUCGUUAACCAGCAAAUGCUUCUGGACGAUCUACACGAGACGUUUACAUGUCAUAACUUGCUUGUUGCCGAAGAAGACGAACACAUCUGGUCAAGAAGAGAAACCAGUCCAGCUAAGCAGCUGUUUGUGACUGCCACGUCAGAGAUUGGUAUGUCGUUUGAGUUUUCCAAAGUCGUGCACGGAGAAUUUGAAUUUCAUCCUGGAUAUUUCGAAUGCGACAAAGUUUGGGAGACAUAUUUACCAGUUCAUUAUCGAUUGAAGUCAAGCCCUGGGCAGCCUAAGGGAACGUCGAAAGCUAUACAAGCAGUGCGAUCCGUCUUGGAAAGAUUCGCUGUUUUGAACCGGUCGAAUUUGUUUGUGUAUCGGGAAAGCACUAACAAUGUCUUCUAUUUCCGAAUCCACGAGACGCUGUUAGAGAGCGAACCUCUUUCACAGCUGGCAAACCCCACGAGAAACGCUGAUGUCGACGAUCCAAUAAAGGAGGACAAUCUCUCUUACAACUCUGCUGCCUCGUCAAGUUGGUCUCUUGCCGGUAAAAUGCAGUUAGAGGAAAAGCAGGAAGCUCAAGAGGAUCUUGAGUUAAAAGAGGCAGAUAUAAAGACGCAGAGAACGAAUUCUGUCGUGGCGGAUUCAGUCUCAGAACUGUCCUUUGCUUCGAUCAUGACAGUGCAAAAGAUUCAGUUUUGCGUUCAUGGAAUAAACGAGCCUGGGAGUGAGAUCAAAGAUGAACUGGUCAGAGUUCUAAGAAAUAAACUCGAUGAUGCUGUUUUCGAACAGCUCAAUCUUCUGAUAGCUAGGAAUCCGAAGUGUAGACUGGCACCCGCUGAUGUGCAGUUUAUCCAGCCUCCUGGGCAUGCACCAGACGUUAUACACAUCGCGCUGCCAAAGAUGACCUUCCAGUACACACAUUCGUUCGUCUACUUCCUGCGGCAAUACCUGCUACAAAGGUUCCACACUCCGAGAUUCACUGAGACGAACCCUGAAUUUCACUUUAAAAAUUACGGUGACAGAAAUUCUUGCUUGGGAUUUGCAGAAUCACUUCCAAUCAAUGAUGUGUACCUCUAUAACAGACGGGAAACAAAAGGACGUUGCAUCGGAUGCAUAUACCUAUCAGUAGUCGAUGCAGAUCUUAAUCCGCUCUCUGUGUAUCCCACGUUUCACAAAGCAAGGGUUGAUGUAUUUGAGCCUGAGUUUUACUCGCAUUCUCUCGAAGACUUUAUCAAGAUUAAAGCUGCUUCCGCCAGAGGUCCAGAGGAUGAACUGUUGCUAGAAUUCAAAGUUUGGCAUAGAGGCAGUAUCAACGUUGAUGAACUUAUGGGCCUAAUUGUUUCUGAUGUCCAGAAAGCCCUCUGUGAUAUUUUUUUCGAGUAUUUCAUUUUAUUUACCCCUGUCUCAGAAAUACCGAUGCACUUGCAAUCUUUUUACUUCCCGAAAUCACCAUCCAUACACAGUCAAGCGACGACACCUACUUUUGUGAAAAGUGAUUCGAGGUCGGCAACCCCAGUUUCCAGCACCCCUUUUUCCAGAACGUCGGGGAAAAAGUUUCUCUCCGAGACUUCUACUCCUUCUGAUUUCCGAGCACGCUCACCUGCCGUUUUGCGAAACAAAUCACUACAAGAUAUUUCAGUAAAAGAGCCAUUAGUCAAAAAAGCUUCUAAAGAGUCGCUUCGGGACUCUGCCAAGAAAAGUCAAAUAGAGGGAGUUGACAACAUCGAGAAGACGUAUGAGACUCUCGAGGAAUUCUUCCCAUUAAACCCAUCCGGCAAUCGUUCGAGAGAAUCACCAACUAGCAUAAAAUCUGACAACGAGGACACAGGAACUAGAAAGCUUUUGAAUGCAAGCAACCAAGGGCAGGCUUCUGUUUCUGUACAGGAAGUCGAGAAAUUGCUUCCAAAAAUUUCUGGGUCUGACAAUCCUAUUGGCUCACCAUAUGACACAUUAACGGACAGAGAGGUCGAGGAGUCAUUCAAUGCCACACAAAGCGACGUAGAUGAAGCUGUGAAGGAGGGAGACAGAAGGGAGCUAACAUGGAAAGAAAUAGAGAGGAGAAAGCGGCUUGACAACGAGGCUAGGAAAGCCAGGCGGCAUUUUGAGAGAGGGGAAACUGGAUAUUUACACCCUUGCUAUCUGAGAGGUAUCGACUUGGUCCUAGAAGAAAUGUUUAACCAAGGUGCAGCGUCCAUUCAUAAGCACACUGGAUCAGUGAACUUCAACAUCACUCCAGAAUUGAUCCUCAAGGAAAUGUUAAAGAUUCUAGUUGACAUUGCCUCUGAUAUCAAGCCAAAAGUCUUUAAGCAGUCAUAUUCGCCGUCAGUGAUUGAACAUAAAGUGAAACGGGAUGUUGUUUUCAUCCCACAUUCAUUUGAAAGGAGUGCCGUCAAGAGUGAUGACUUUGGAGAAUCCUCAACGGAUGCUACCUGUUCAGUUCGCCCAGCCUCAAUCGUUCCUGGCACAAAAACCUCUUUCAUUGCCAUAGGCCGAAACGUGAAGCAGUGGAGGAAGUGCGUUAGUCUCAACGAAGCUGUUUCUGACGAAGAGGAAAAAGGAAUUUCCAACACAAGUUUCAGCAAGCAGCAGUUUAAGCCGUUUGUGUCGGAUGGCACAGCCAGAUACUCUGGUGGCCGAUUCAUGGACAAUCUCGCGCCUUCUUGCAUGAAGCCAGGUUUUGUGCCGAGACAGAAAUUCUACAUAGUCAAGUUUGUUAAUAGAAAGGUUGUCAUUUUCACGUACAACUUUCCUGUGGAAGUGAAUUCGCUGCUUGACAAGCAGUUAAAUCGACUGUACGCUUGGCAUAAUGCCAGGUAUCAUUUGGCAUCGUGCUUGGCAAUGCAGAAGCUAGGGCUUUUUCAUCAUUUGCAAUUUUCUCAGGAGGGUCAAGAUGAGGAAACUGCAUCGUUUUGUUCAUCGACAUACCAUGUUCACAUCACCAGUUUGCUGAAAGAAACGGUUCCGGUAUCGAGAGAGAAGAGUAAAGGUAUCUCGACUGACCAAGAGAAGUCAUUGGGCUGGAAACUGCCAUCUCUAGAUGACACAUUUCGAGACACGGCUCCGUGUAAACCCCUGCAUAAAGAGAACUUCAGACUGUCAGCUGAUCCAGUGAAGAGAAUAGGCCAUCAAUACCAGGAAGUGACAAAGAUGAAAAUAAAUGUGGAAAGCCAACAGGCCAAGCUACGGGAAAGCCUAGAGAUGUGGCUCAGCUGUGGACCACACCUUCCGAUUUACGAAAACAGACUUAGUUUGCUGAAAAGACACAGUCACUUUAUUCAUUUUUGCCAAACACCUCUGCUUUUUAUCAAAGGUAGUAAAUCGUCUGGCAAUCGGCCCCGUCCAAGUGGCAACAUGGAAACAACGAAGCAAAAAGAGGAAGCCACGCACGAGUCUAAAGUUGCUGUUGCUGUUAAAGACUUGAAUACUCGAGAGCAAGGUCAUGACUGGUAUGGUGAGCUCAAAUGGUCUGUCAUGCAGAAAUACAUUCAUUAUCUGCAGACACUCGGAUUUUGCCUUAUCCAGCUUCAGUCAAGCAAUAAAAGCCAAAAUUUGCGGAUUGCUAAGGGAAGCUUUAAACGCGUACCACCAAAGGCAGGAGUUGAGAAUUCAACAAGAACCCGCCCAAAUGUGAAUUACUUGCAGAAGAGUUCAAACGCAGGAAUUCUGAUAUUAGAGCUCUCAUGCAGAAAUGACAAUCUAUCUUUGAAGAUAUUUUCAUUUGAAGCAUCAAGAGUUAAGUCCUUGGAACGAUUUGUGACAAUGCCGGAGAGAUGGCUUUUUCAGGAGGACUGCAGCAAGUAUAAAGAACUCAUGCAUAUUCACUCCUUUGCUUAUGACUUUCAACUCAGACAAGCUCAACAGUUCUUGUCUGGACGGAACACGAUAUUUUACCCUGGUUAUCCUGUGCAGAAAUUAUUUGAAAGAAUGAUAGAAAUCUUUCCUACGCCGCCCCCGUUCUCCUGCUGCUACCUUGCACAAGGGACAGUCAGCAUCCCGUGUUCGGCUGGUGUGGAAACGAAGGAAGUUUUCAGUUAUCUGUCUAUAAACGCAGAGAGAUACAAAAUGGACCCUGCAAAGAUCACGCGCAUCGAUGAUUCAGCGAAUAAAGAGGAAGCAAGCACCGAUCAAACCAUUCUAAGCUACAUGUACUACACUAGCAAAUCGAAAGACAAGGGCGAGUUCCAAAAGCUGACUUCAGGUUUUCGUAGAGAUUCGGCCGAUUUUGACGGAAACGUCAUCAUCACUUUGAGUCCAUCUCAAGACAAAGAAGUUUUGAAUUUGAAAUUUUUUCUUGUUUUAACAAACAGGCGAGAGUUGUAUCCAAGACGCUCUUUGCGAAGCCAGCUGAGUAGCCUCAGGAGCAGACGAAAAAGGACGUUUUCUGGCUCUGAAAGAUCUCUUGCCCAGAAUUCUGAUGAUACUCAAGCCUCUGGCCCAAAACUUCGCGUCCGAUUCAGCACAAGAACGAGCAGUCAUUCAUUCACCGAAUACGAGGAACCGAGUCAAAGCGGUCCCGUGAAAGUACCGACCUGGCCAGGGUCUCUCAAUGAAGGUGACUCGAAUUCGCCCAAUGCGAUUUCCAGUCCGAGCUCAGACACGGCGCUUCUUACAGCGAAGCACCAGCAUGAAUUCCCAAAUGCAUUCCAGCAACAGAUGCCCCGGUCAACUUCUUGUGAGCCAUUCAUUCCAAGAUCAAAUUCAAAUGACGCCAUUUCUGCUGCAGCUCCAGUUCAAAUAAAUAUCAGAAAGUCUUCAAGCUCUGGUCAGCUAGCAGAAAGCAACGAACAAGCAGAAAGCAAUUUUUUGAUAAACGAAGUUGCCUUCGUGAGCGGGCGUCUUUCCAAAGUAGCAUGUACCUGCCUAAGUAAUUGCUGGAGAGACUUCAUGUGGUAUCAGUUGCUGCUGAUGGAUUGCUUUGACGAUGAAACGUCAGCAAAGAAGCACAAGAAAAAGAUGGAAACACGGAAAGAGAGCGACACUGCGAUCAGCCAAUGGAAAUUGUCUGCAGUCUUGCAACAGAUAAGAAAAGACAUCGUUCCGAAUAUAUCAGUAUCUGAGAUAAAGCUGUUGCUCGGGCUAGUCAAAUUGUACUCUUUGUCGUCCAUCGACAAGCGAGUGGAUACAAUAUUAACGCUGCUUGGGAACUCAAAACCGCAUAAACAUGGCCUAGCAAGAACUCUGAGUGGUAAAUUUGGCACAGCUUACCGAGAAUUUUUGUCUGAAGACUCGAGGGUUCGUUACAUUUGUCUACUCAAUCCAAAGGACCUAGAUAUGUUUGUUUUGGUGACAACUGGUACAGAUGACAUCAUCCAGAAUAUUCAAGCUGUCUACCGGGAGGAGCCACGAUUUCCACCGUCAAAUGCAUCGAUUAUUGGUGAGCUGAAGGACACCGAACGCUUCGCAGUUGAGCAUAUCGAGAGUGUAACGUCGUGUUUGUGUUUUUGCAUUUGGAAUCAGCUGCUUCCAAAUCAAUAAUGACGCCUACCAAAUCCUUACAACGCCACCCCCACCCACCCCCCCCCCCCCCCGCCAAAAUUGCCCUAAACAAGACAUUUUUGUCGGCAAACAUCGGUUUGUCAGCUGAUUAAAAUCGGGCGUAUAUAAGGGUUAUUACUAUAUAAGGGUUAUUACUAUAUAAGGGUUAUUUUCGGAAAAUGCCGUUUAUCAUCAAAGCUUGGAGGUUAACCAGGAGUGUUAUUUUUAUAAAAUAUUUCAGUUUAGGUUUAAAAAACUUGCAAAACUUUUUAAACAUUCCAAACGUUGAAAUCUCGAAGUAAUUUCGACCGAUAAAGAUAGUAAUUAGGCAACGUUAAUAGUAAUUCAGUUUUCUAAUUUUUGAAUGCCAAAAUUCGCGAAUAUACACUUACUCGAAGCUUUUACUGAGAUCUGGGACCUUUCUCUGGCCUUAUUUGUAGACUCUUUUCAGAAUUUCAAGAAUCAAUUUUGUCAGCGUACAGUAUUCAGAUUAUCAAAAUCUUUAUAGGAUUCUAAUUAAGGACAGGCCACUAUUUCUAUCAAGGUUUCGCAUUACCCACUUGCAUUGCAAGUAUGAGGGAGUAAUACAUGUUUUUGACCCUCCCAUCUCUUGCAAAGCGCCAGCUUAUAGAUUCAGUAACACGAAGGCAUCACAAAUAGCAUUGCUCAUCCCCGAUAGCAUUAUAUUUAUACAAGCAAGAAAUAGAAUUAUCAGGUACUUUGAAAGACAUUGCAGCGUCUAAGAAUUGUGAAUAGCAAAUUUAUUCUUGCUUAUCAAAUACAAUUUAUUUAGAAUAUAAAUUGCGAAGAAAAUUUCUCUGCC